AUGUUAUUGAUUAGUUUUGUAGAUCCAUUCUAAUAUUAGAUUUUUGAUGGCUUCUAUUAUAAAAUAUAAAAAGUAAAUUAAUCUUCAUUUAGGGUGUACCUAUAGAUCAUCAAAGAUAUAAUGAAACUAUUAGUAAAAUGAUCACAGAUUAAAUUCGAUUAUUUAUUCACAAAAUCCCAAUCCUUAAAGAUAAUAGAUUCUUCUCUCUUCUGAGAAUGGAAUUUAUUGAAGCAGAUUAAAUCUAUCUUAUGUCUAUAAGUAUCAUUUUUAUUAUCACAUAAAGCUCCAAAUAUUGAUAAAGAUACAUAAAUAAAAGAUUAUUUGACAAGUCUUAUAGUUUCUACAUUGUAAUUAAUUAAUUUCCAAUAAAUCUAAAGACUAUCCCUGUAUCAGAUUGAAAAUCAUUAUCAAUAUUGA